AUGCAUCAGGGAAUUUCUUCGGAGAUUUCACCAGGAAUUUCUUCGGGAAUUCCAACAGGAAUUGCUUCGGGUAUUCCUCCAGGAAUUCUGUCAGGGACUCCUCCAAGAAUUUCUUCGGGGAUUCCUCCAGAAAUUCUUUCGGGGAUUUCUCCAGGGAUUUCUUCGGGUAUACUUAUAGGAAUUUCCUCGGAAAUUCCUCCAGGAAUUCUUUCGGAUUAUCCUCUAGGAAUUUCUUUGAGGAUUCCUCCAGAAAUGCAUUCGGGGAUUCCACCAGAAAUUGCUUCGAGGAUUCCUCCAAGAAUUUCUUCGGGGAUUUCUUCAGGAAUUUCUUCGGGAAUUCCUCCAGUAAUUUCUUCGGGGAUACUUCCAGAAAUUUCCUCGGGAAUUCGUCACGAAAUUCCUCCGGGGAUUCCUCCAGGAAUUUCGUCGGAGAUUUCACCAGGAAUUUCUUCGGGAAUUCCAUCAGGAAUUGCUUCGGGGAUUCCACCAGGAAUUCCUUCAGGGACUCCUCCAAGAAUUUCUUCGGGGAUUCCUCCAGAAAUUCUUUCGGGGAUUUUUCCAGGAAUUUGUUCGGGGAUUCCUCCAGGAAUUUCUUCGGGGAUCCUACCCGGAAUUGCUUCGGAGAUUCCUCCAGGAAUUCCCUCAGGGACUCCUUCCAAGAAUUUCUUUGGAGAUUCCUCCAGGAGUUCUUUUGGGGAUUUCUCCAGGAAUUUCUUCGGGGAUUCCUCCAGAAAUUCUUUCGGAAAUUCCUCAAGGAAUUUCUUCGGGAAUUUCUUCGGAGAUUUCUUCAAGAAGAUUCCUUCAGGACUUCCUUCGGGAAUUCCUCCAAGAAAUUAUUCGGGAAUUUUUCCACGAUUUUUGUUGGAAAUUCCUCCUAGAAUUUCUUAUGGAUUUCCACAAGAAAUUAUCUCGGGAAUUCCUCCAGGAAUUGCUUUGGGAAUUCCUCCAGGAUUUGUUUCGGGGAUUCCUCCAGGAUUUGCUUCGGGGUGUGCAUUCUCCAUAAUUCUCGGAGGAAUCUCAAAAGAAUUUCUGGAGAAAUUUUUUAAGAACUUUCUGGACGAAUUUCCGUAGGAAUUUCUAGAGAAACUCCCUGAUGAAUUUCUGGAAAUAUUUCAGGAGGAAUUUCUGGAAGAAUUUCAGAACAAAUUCCCGGAAGAAUUUCUGAAAAAAAAAUCUGGAACAGUUUCCAGAAGAGUUUUUGGGUGUAUUUCUCGAGGACUUUUUUGAGGAACACAUGGCAGAAUUUAUGAAGGAAUUCCCGGAGGAAAUUUGAAGUGAAUUUCAAGAGAAAUUUCUAGAGGAAUUUGGAGAGUAUUAUCUGGAGGUAUUAUCGGAGGAAUUUCUGGAUGUAUAUCCUGAGAAAUUUCUUGAGAUAUUUCAUGAAGAAUUUCCGAUCAAAUUUCUGGAAGAAUUUCUUGAGGAAUUUCUAGAGAAACAUCCGGAAAAAGUUGUGGUGGAAAUUCCGAAUAAAUUUCUGAAGGAAUUUUUCUCCUAAGAAUUUUUGAAGAAUUUCUGGAGGAACUCGUACAAGAAUUACUGGAGGAAUUCCCGAAGGAACUCCUGGAAGAAUCCCUAAAGUAAUUCCUAGAGGAAUCCCCGGAGCAAUCCCUGAAGAAAUUGAUGGAGGAAUUCCCGAAGAAAAUCCCUGAGGAAUCCCCAAAGAAAUUACUGUAGGGAAUCCCCCAAGCAAUUCCUGGAAGAAUGUCCGAAAAAAUUCUUGGUGGAAUUACCGGAGGAAUUCUCGAAGGUAUUCCUGGAGAAACAUUAUCGAAGAAAUUUCUGGAGAGAUUUCCGAAGAAAUUUAUGGAGGAAUAUCCUAAGAAAUUCCUGGAGGAAUUCCUGGCAAAAUUCCUGAAGGAAUUUCUGAAGAAAUUCUUGGAGGAAUUCCCGAAGGAAUUCCUGGAGAAAUAUUAUCGAAGAAAUUCCUGGAGGGAUUUAUAGAAGUUGGAAGUUGGAAGGUUGGAAGAAGAAGGCGGCCCAACUCAUAAAUGGGUAUUUUUAAAUGGAGCCUUUUGAAGAGCGAUGGAGAUAGCAAUGAAAAAAUGGGUAUUCUGACGCGAGCGUGUAGAGAUGUACUUACACUACCCGCCAAUAAUAUGGAUACGUUGCAAUACUCAGUAUUGCAGCGCUCAAAAAGUGUUGCAUCACCCAAAAUAAGGAGGAAAAAUUGAGUAAACCUGGGUAUACCUACUCCUAUAGGAGUAGGAUUUUCAAAGAGAAUUAGUGGGAUCAUAAGCGAUGUGUGCCUCAAAGACUUGAAAUAAUCAUGUUUUAGGAUGUUGCAAUAUUAAGUAUGAGUGUUGCAAUAUUGUCUAUCCAGUUGGAAUCAAGACCGACAUUCAAUCAAAAAUUGCCAUUUUCUGUGUCCACAAGUGUCGCAACUGUUUCGCAUCUAGUGCGCUGUGUUGCUGACAACAACGGGAAGGAUGCGCACUACCAUUGACAUGAUUGAAAAACGUCGCGAGCUAGGUCGCGUGGCGACUUGAUUGUGCGAAGUUCGGUUUGGUGGCGGCUCGACAAUAUGUGAUCCCAUGUUUAUGGCGGCACAGAGAACAGACGUCCAAGCUCAUGUAGUGCAGUUGUGUAAAGCAUUGCAACGGUUGGUUUGAAAUAACUGGGAAAGUGCCCGACUAGAAGAUUCUAACAAAAAUAUAACAUAAUUAUAACAAACCAUGAUAUGUAUAACACAUUGUGAUAUAAUCAUGUUUAACAUCUUUGGUGUUCAAAAAUAUUAAAACUCAAUUGUAUCAUAUUAUGUUAUAAAUGUUGCUCAAUAACUCAUUGUGAAAUAAUUUAGUUUUGAUUCUUUGACAUUCAGAACAACAUUUUACACAAUUGUAUCAUAAUAUGAUAGAAACUAGUUUUCUUGAAGCUAAAAUUUAUAUCAUAUUGUGUUAUAAUUUUGAUCUGAUUAUAACAAAAUAGGUUAUUAUUUUGAUUAGACCGGUGUACUUUUCGUUACAAUUUUAGUUAUUUUAACAUCAUCCUGCAUCUAGUUUAUAACAUAAUAAGUUAUAGAAAAAUUUCAUAACAUCAUAACACAAUGUGUUAUAAACUUGAUAUAUUUUUCUAGUCGGGUGGCCAUUACGCGGCGCUGUCAAAUUUCGAAUCGGGGUACAAAUUUGCCGUUGUUUUGCCUUUUGGCGCUAGUGUCACCAAGUGUGCACCCUAGUAUAGUUCCACCAAGAGAAUGUGUUGGUUUUACUUGGAAAACAUUCAUUGAAUUCUUGUUCAACUUGUUUCUUAUUGAAAAUAAUGAAACUAACUAUCAAUGGGUUGCACAAAUUUUGUUGCUGGAUUAGUGAAAUAUUCAUAAACAUCUUGUUAUUUAAGCAAAUACAGCUCAGAAUCUGAGUAGGAAAAUUUAAAGGUGCGCUAGUGAAAUAUUUCUUCAGAAAGCGCCAUCAUGGUGUCGAAACAAGUUUUUGAGUGGGAAAGUCACCGUCGAUGUCGCUACUGAGCUUGUUUUUUCUUUACACAAGAUUUUCAAGCAAUUUUGUUCGAGCAUGUUCGUCUGUUCUCUGUGCUACCAGCCAGUAAUUCAGUGUGUGGCAUUUUAGGUAAAUCCUUAGGUAAAUUUCUCUGUGGUAAAUCUAUAACAAAUCUUCCCCCCUUGGAAAUAUCACAGAGAACAGACGGACAUGCUCGAACAAAAUUGCUUGAAAAUCUUGUGUAAAGAAAAAACAAGCUCAGUAGCGACAUCGACGGUGACUUUCCCACUCAAAAACUUGUUUCGACACCAUGAUGGCGCUUUCUGAAGAAAUAUUUCACUAGCGCACCUUUAAAUUUUGCUACUUAGAUUCUGAGCUGUUUUUGCUUAAAUAACAAGAUGUGUAUGAUUAUUUUACUGACCCAGCAACAAAAUUUGAACAACCCAUUGAUAAUUAGUUUCAUUAUUUUCAAUAAGAAACAAGUUGAACAAGAAUUCAAUUAAUGUUUUCCAAGUAAAACCAACACAUUCUCUUGGUGGAACUAUACUAGGGUGCAUACUUGGUGACACUAGCGCCAAAAAGUAAAACAACGGCAAAUUUGUACCACGAUUCCGAAUUUGACAGCGCCGCGUAAUGGCCACAUUCCCAGUUAUUUCAAAACAACCGUUGCAAUGCGUUACACAACUGCACUACAUGAGCUUGGACGUCUGUUCUCUGUGACUACAUGAGCUUGGACAUCUGUUCUCUGUGGUUAUAAGUUAUAAACACAGAGAACAGACGAACAUGCUCGAACAAAAUUCCUCGAAAAACUUGUGUAAAGAAAGAAACAAGCUCAGUAGCGACAUCAACGGUGACAUUCCCACCUAAAAACUCGAACCGACAUCAUGAUGGCGCCACAGAGAACAGACAUCCAAGUCCGGUUCCGAAACUGUGUAAGGAAUUUAACGGUCAUUUGAAAUCGGCAACACAAGUGGCAAUAGCGUGGCGCUGCAAUCGGUUAAUUUCCCAUAUUAAUUUAAUUCACCACUUGAAAUGUUUCAAUUCACCACUGACUGUGGCAAUAUGGUGUUUGGUGGCGUUAGUGUUGUCAUCGUGUAUUGGUUUGCAACCUUACUCAAGUGAAGAUGCGAAUCCUUACACAACUUUCUGAAUGAAAUUUGUUCUAGCCUGGAUGUCUGUUCUCUGUGAUGGCGCUCACUAAAGAAAUAUUUCACUAGCGUACGUUUGAAUUUUCCUACUCAGAGACUGUGCUGUAUUUGCUCAAGUAACAAGAUUUUCAUGCUUAUUUUAAUAAUUCAAAAACCCAAUUUGAGCAACGCAUUGAUAAUUAGUUUCACCGUUUCACCCCUUUCAAUUAGAAAUGAGUUGAACAACAAAUCAAUCUAGCAAAUCCAACACAUUAUCUCGGUAGAACAAUAUUGGGGUACACACCUGGCAACACCAGCGCCAAAAGGAAAAACAACGGCAAAUUUGUAGCCCUAUUCGAAAUGUGACAGCACCGCGUAAUGGCCACAUUCCCAGUUAUUUCAAAACAACCGUUGCAAUGCUUUACACAACUGCAUUACAUCACAGAAAACAGACGAACAUGCUCGAACAAAAUGGCUUGAAAAUCUUGUGUAAAGAAAAAACAAGCUCAGUAGCGACAUCGACGGUGACCUUCCCACUCAAAAACUUGUUUCGACACCAUGAUGGCGCAUUCUGAAGAAAUAUUUCACUAGCGCACCUUUAAAUUUUCCUGCUCAGAUUCUGAGCUGUAUUUGCUUAAAUAACAAGAUGUUUAUGAUUAUUUCACUAAUCCAGCAACAAAAUUUGAGCAACCCAUUGAUAAUAAGUUUCAUUAUUUUCAAUAAGAAACAAAUUGAACAAGAAUUCAAUUAAUGUUUUCCAAGUAAAACCAACACAUUCUCUUGGUGGAACUAUACUAGGGUGCACACUUGGUGACACUAGCGCCAAAAGGUAAAACAACGGCAAAUUUGUACCCUGAUUCGAAAUUUGACAGCGCCGUGUAAUCACAGAGAACAGACGUCUAUCUUCGCUUUCUGCCUUGUGUAAAACUUUGUAACGGUCAUAUUAGAGUAAGUGGUUAUGCUCCCGUUGCGUGGCGCUAGCGUCCCAUCACUUACAUUGUUGUGUUGUCAUUUUUGUUUCCAGUGCUCGCCGUUUUCGGCCGUUUGGCGCUCGUGUCGCUUUGUGGGCUAAUGUAUUUUAACGAUGGACACUGCCAUCGCGGGGUCAAAUCGACUUUAUAUGUGGGGCAGUCUCCGUUGGUGGCGUUGAGGUACACUCAAAUCCUUUACACACGAUUUCGACGUAUUUUUGUUCGAGCUUAAAUGUCUGUUCUCUGUGGUGUAAUGGCCACAUUCCCAGUUAUUUCAAAACAACCGUUGCAAUGCUUUACACAACUGCACUACAUGAGCUUGGACGUCUGUUCUCUGUGAUUACAUGAGCUUGGACGUCUGUUCUCUGUGCUUUUACCACAGAGAACAGACGUCUAUCUUUGCUUUCUGCCAUGUGUAAAACUUUGUAACGGUCAUAUUAGAGUAUGUGGUUAUGCUCCCGUUGCGUGGCGCUAGCGUCACAGAGAACAGACGUCCAAGCUCAUGUAGUGCUGUUGUGUAAAGCAUUGCAACGGUUGUUUUGAAAUAACUGGGAAUGUGGCCAUUACGCGGCGCUGUCAAAUUUCGAAUCGUGGUACAAAUUUGCCGUUGUUUUACUUUUUGGUGCUAGUGUCACCAAGUGUGCACCCUAGUAUAGUUCCACCAAGAGAAUGUGUUAGUCUUACUUGGAAAACAUUAAUUGAAUUCUUGUUCAACUUGUUUCUCAUUGAAAAUAAUGAAACUAAUUAUCAAUGGGUUGUUCAAAUUUUGUUGCUGGGUCAGUAAAAUAAUCAUACACAUCUUGUUAUUUAAGCAAAAACAGCUCAGAAUCUAAGUAGUAAAAUUUAAAGGUGCGCUGAUGAAAUAUUUCUUCAGAAAGCGCCAUCAUGGUGUCGAAACAAGUUUUUGAGUGGGAAAGUCACCGUCGAUGUCGCUACUGAGCUUGUUUUUUCUUUACACAAGAUUUUCAAGCAAUUUUGUUCGAGCAUGUUCGUCUGUUCUCUGUGCUAGCGUCUCAUCACUUUCAUUGUCGUGUUGUCAUUUUGUUUCCAGUGCUCGCCGUCUUUAGCCGUUUGGCGCUCGUAUCGCUUUGUGGGCUAGUGUAAAGCUAUGUUCGUUUAGAAUCCGGAAUGACAAAAUCACGUAUAACUUAGGGAUGGAAUAACAAACAUAAAAGGCGAAGCCCUCAAAACAAAGGUUAUUUAUUGUACUUUCAUGAAAAAAUAUCAUUGAAAUUAUUUAUUUUUAUUUUUCACACAUUUUCUCACUUUUUCAGUGUUGACCUCUCUAAAAAUCUGCACAACGGUGGUAAAUU